AUGGAUCAUUACAAGAUUCUAGGCUUGCACCGAACCGCGACCAAGGAGGAAAUCAAAGCCGCGUUCAAGAAACUAGCGUUUCAGUUCCACCCGGACAUGCAUUCCCAAUCGCCGAGGACCGUUAGGGAAAACGCUACAAUUCGAUUCAAGCAGGUAUCCGAGGCCUACGAGGUCCUCAUGGACGAUCGCAAGCGCGCCAACUACAACUUCCGGCGGAGCUCCGGUUCCGGCGGCGGAAACAACCACUAUUCCCAGUAUAGCUACGGAUACAGUAGGAGCGGAAGCAGGCACGAUUAUAAACCUAGGUCUGCUGGUGGUGGUGGCUUAGCUUCCAAUUUUGAACUGGCUCUUCGGAUUUUGACGGCGCGGUCUUCUAUUCUCUAUCUCGGCUUCACAGCGGCUAUAUUAGGUGGGAUAGUUGUCAUUGAUUCAAGUGGAGAAUCCUUAUGGAGAAUGAAAAAUUCUGGGAAAUCUUUUGAAGAAGCCAUGAAGUCCAUUGAGAAGGCCAAAACCUACAGAGAAGAUAACGUGAAGGAACGUCCAUGA